AUGAGCUUAUAGCGCGCAAAAAGAAAUGCUACAAAAAUAACGUAUAGUGUGGAGGAAGAAAAUGAAUCAGAUUCUUCCUCCAAGUAGAAUAAGAAGAAAUUAAAGAAAACCACCAAGGUGACAAUCACAGAAUGCAAGAAGAAAGUGAAAACUUAACCAUAGCUUCGUUUUAGUCCAAUUGCUUGGUCCAGAUUAAUGAAUGUUGGAAAAUUGCUAGGAUAGAUAGACACUGCAGGUAUUUUGAACAACGACGAGAUUGAUCCAACAAUUUAAUCGAAUGAUGUUGGAUAAGUGAAUAUUUAUAAGGAAUGGUUUGAGAGAGACUAUAUAUACGAAUUGGAUGAGAAAUCUAACUUAACUAAGCCAUUGGAGUUUUAAAGUAAUUUGCAUUAUUUGCAUCAAUUUGAGAAGCGCAUCCAAAAUAGAUACUACUGGGAUAAUGAGUAAGUUUGGAAGGAUCUGCGUAAAUUGUUUGGAAACACAUACAUUAGAUGUCGAAGUGCAUAGGAUUACAACUAUCUGUGUAAAGUCUGGUUGGAUGGUAAAGUGAAGAUCAAGCCAAUAAUGGAUGUAUUCAACAGUCAAAUCGAAGCCGAUGUGAAGAACUUAAUGGAAAUAGAUAAAGAAUUCAAGGUCUAAACCACUAAAUGGCCAGUGAUUCCAGACAAGAAGGAUAUUCGGUCAUAUUAGGAGAUUUACAAUUAUGAACCUAAUCCAAAUCAAGAACCGUAUAUAGAGUAGAUAAGGGAGAAGCUAUCGACAUCUAAGAGACCUGUAAAAUGUGAUAAGGAUUGUGUUUGUUUUGAUUUGAGUAAAAUGGGAGCAUUUUCAUAUGUCAAUAUCACUUGGGAUUCUGAAUGUCCGAAUAGAAAAAAUAGAGUGGAGUGUCUGGAACAUGAAGGAACAGAAUAACCAUGUAUGAACAUGUCAAUUCAAAUGAAAUAGCAUCAAGUGAAUAAGAUGAAGUAGGAGGAGAAUGCUGAUGUGGAAGAAACACCCUGUUGGGGUAUAGAUGCUUACACUAGAAAAGUAAUCAUCAACAUACUGCCUUUAAAUUACGAUGAUGCCCAAAAGAACAAAUUUCUGGAGAAAUUAUUAUUAGCUAUCAAUAGACCAUCUGAUAAGGAAAAUGCUUAUGAUAUGAGUUUAGCCUGUGAUUACAUCAUCAAAGAAUCUAAAUUGAUGUCCAGUCAUUACAAUAAAGAGGAUAGGAAAAUGGCUAAAUAGAUAUAAAAGGUCCUUAAGUAUGAUACAGAGGGAUUCAGGAUACACACUAAAGGAUUUGGAUUGGUUUGUGUUAACAAGUAAGGAAUCAAGAACAAUUCAUUGAUUAUUCCCUAUUUGGGUGAAAUAUAUCAACCUUGGAGAUGGUAUGAGAAGCAAGAUUUUAUUAAGAAAUAAAUGAAGGAACAUAAUCAGAAGGACAUAUUACCUGAUUUCUAUAAUAUUAUGUUGGACAUUCAUAGAGAUGAUAUCAAAGGAAUUGAUUUCUUGUUUGUGGAUCCUAUUAAUAAAGGCAAUUAUUCAUCUAGAUUAAGUCACUCUUGUAAUCCUAAUUGUGGCACAGUUACUACUGUUAGUAAUGGUACAUAUGUAAUUGGAAUGUAUGCGAUGAGAGAGAUUCAAUAUGGGGAGGAACUUACUUUUGAUUAUUGCUCAUUCACUGAGAGUAAAUAAGAAUAAUUGUAAGCCUUAUGUUUGUGUGGAAGUGAGAAAUGCAAAAUUUAUUACUUACAAUUAUCGAAUUGUAAGGAGUACAAUGGUAUAUUGGACAAAGAACAUUGCUUUUUAACAAGGAAUGCUAUUUUAUUGAAAUCCUGCAGCGACAACGUAGAUAAAUCGAAUGAGGAUUCAGAGUUAUAUAGUAAAUACAGAAUUGGAUCUAGUGUUUUGAAUGAUUGUCCAUUGUGGUUAAAGAAUUGGGUUGGCUAUAUUUUGAAAUUCAUUGAUCAAGAACGUCAAACGUAUAAGAGCGAAUUGAAUUUGAAGUACGAAUAAACAGCAGAGGUGGAAUAGUGGAACCAUUUCACUGCGACUCAACAUUCAGAAGAUAGGAUUUAGAAUCUUAUUUUCACUCUAGACAAAAUUAAGUUCUUUUUAAAUAACAGUGACAGCAGCGAACCACCAAUCUCAAUAAUUGGAGAUAGUGAUUUAUUGGAUAGUUUUUGGAAAGACUAUUCCUCAGGAACAUCAAGUGAAUGCUCAUUCUUUAAUGAAUUGUAUCAACUAUUUCAAAAGCACAAUCAAAAAAAAAUGAUUGAAUUAAUUCAUGUGAUCUACAAAAAAAAACAAUAGCUGCAUGAUUACAAAGAAAACAUUCACAAUAUCCAUAGAUAGGAACUCCUGAUAACUAGAAUGCUAUUUUUGACUCUGUCACAUAUGCUCAUGUAACAAUAGUACACUUUCCAUCAUGAAGCCUUGUCUUUGAUUCUUUACAUGAUGGCCUAUACGUACACAUACUUCAAACCCUAUGAGUACACUGGGUUUUCAUCACCUCCAAUUGAGGAUUUAGAAUGGAGGAAGGUUGGGGCCUUUAAAAAGAAGUGCAAAAGCGAAGGAAGAGCCUAUUCUUCUUAAUUUGUUUGGGGAUAAUUGAUAGGAUGGUUCAAAUAGACUGUGGCAGCACCUUAAGCUUCACUCUCAUAAGACAGAAGAGGAACUCUAUCAUAUCCAGCCAUUUCCUCUUUUGAUAAAGCAGGUGACAAAGCCUAUCCAUUUUAAUAAUCCAAGGCCUAGAGUAGUCGUUCUUAUUUCAUCCAGCAUUUAUUGGAUAAGCCAAGCUACAUGUGGCCACCUGAAACUGCCAGUUGGAGUUACAAAAACACAUACAAAAUUUAUGGGACAAUCUUGUUUGAAUAAUUUUACUCAACUGAACUAGAAGAGGAUUUCUUGGAUGAAGUUCUAGCAAGCCAUACCAGAGAUUAUGAUUCAAAGUUUUAGCUCUUUGUCAAAUACGAAUCCAAAAAAUUUAAACAUUCUCUUGAGCUUUUUGACAAAUUCAAGGAGAUUUUCAAACCUUACAUUGGAGACAAUUAGUUAAAUUAUAAAGAUGUCAUUGUUGCUCCAUUAAGAUAUAGAAGAUGUAAAUUCGAAAAUAACUCAAAAAGAGAAGCAUAUAUUGAGAGUUUAAGAGCAGAUGGAAAAUCAGAAGAGGCCGAUCUUAUAUAGAAAUUCCCAUUCAUAAGUUAUGCGAUAUGA